CUUAAAUUUAAACCAAAAUUAAAGUGAGAACUUCUGAAAUAAUAGAUCAGAAACUUUUUGAGUGGGAUACUGUAAAUUCACAGUGUUAAUUUACGCGGGUUUCAAGUGUAUUUAUGAUCUUCGAUAUUUGAUUAAAGAUCAGGUACGGUAUCGACUUAAAAAGAAAUGGAUAGGAGAUCUUGGCGAAGAAGCAGCACUCAUUCAUCAUCAUCGUCAUCAAGAUCAUCAGACGUACAACGACGUAUUACUAGGUCUCUCGCUAAUUCAAGUCAACAAGCAAACCAAGAAAUAGGUGAAAACGUGCCCGAUCAUUUAAGAUACUUUUACCGAAGUAGACAUAUAAGUAUGAGUAAUGCCAUCGAAAAUGCCAUCGAAAAUGCCAUCGAUAAUUACGAGGCUAUGGAUAUUGAUGAACCAGAACAAAUGGAAAUAUCUUCAGAAGUUAUGAGUAGAGAUAAUGCGGAUACUGAAUCCAAUAUAAUGAGUAUAGAUCAACCUCUUGAUGUGGAAUUUAAUUCAGAUGGAAAUGAAAUUGAGCAAGAUAUCCAUUAUGAUGGAGAAGAGAAUGAUAGUGAUACUGGAGAUGAAAAUAUUCAUGACCAUAGCGAAGCAACACACGAAAAUGAGCCACAAAUUAUAAAUCCAAAUGUUUUCUUACCUCCUGACAUCAAAGAACUUUUAAAAUCAAUAUCUCGAACAGAAUGUAACAGUGAGCAAUUGGGCAGGCUCGCAGGUUUUUUCCUAAUACUUGAUAGAUCCGUACUUAAUAAUUGGAAUCUUGAUUUACUGGUUCAAAAAUUGUUAGCUAUAGUUCAAAAAACUGCAAAUAGUGAUUCUAUGCCUUCAAUUGAAGCCUUAAUGUUGCAGCAAUUUGAGCCAGAAGUUUUACGCCAAUUUUUGGAGCGUGAUAUGUAUCAAGGUGGUACAGGAAGUGAUCCGAAUGUUAUAACGAUGGCAAGUCGAUGUUUAGGAAAUUUGGUGUUAACCUUGGGUGAUAGCUCUGAGCGUAUGGUUGGGCGUGCUAUCAGAGAGGAAGCUAUUCCUGUGUUAUGUAAUAUUUUAACAGAAGGGCCGCGUACUUAUGAUUCAGAAUAUUUAAAAGAUAUAAUAAUGGCAUUGUAUAAUUUUUCCAAACCUACUUUUAUCGAUUGUACAGAAAGUAUUGUCAAGAAAGAUGUUUUCAAAAAUAUAAUGGAAAGUAUCCUUCCUUUCUUAAUCGAUGAGGAUCGUGUUUUACCAUUGAAACUACUAGCAAAUUGUACUAGUAAAGCUCCUCGACGUUAUAUUAAAAAGUUAUUAUCCGAAGUUUUCAACACAAUGGACUUUCAGGCAUUAUUUGCCGAUCAUGAAAUGCCUGAAGUUACUAAAUGGUGCUGUGUUAGUUUAAGUUCUUUAAUAAGUCGACACAAUGAAGAUGUUGAAUCUUUAUUGGUGUUAUCAAGUCCAGAAGUAAUUAAGAAUAUUACUUAUCGUAUGAAACAAUUUGAUGAAUAUAAUCAGUUGAGAAUGUGGAAAAUGUUCAGUAUUUUAAUAAAUAAAUCACGUAGAAUAACAAAUACACUUAUUGAAAAUGGAAUAGUUAAGGCCUUAUUCGAUGUGUUAUCGAGGAAAAGUAUAAAUAAUCCCGAGAAGGAUCAAAAUGAAAAUGAAUUUGUUAAUAAUGUUAAUCCUAAUCCCAAUGCCAACAAUGUUAAUACCAAUGGUAACCCAAAUGGAAAUGAUAAUGGUAAUGGCAAUGGUACAGAACGACGUAGAAACGUAGAAGAUCUUUAUUCUGAAUUGCCGAUUGAUAGUAAAACUAAGGAAAUAGUGACUGAAGUUAAUGCAAAACUACGCUAUAGAUAUGUAAAUAUGGAACCAAUCAAGCUUUAUAUGCAAGUUUGCCAAUUUAUUUUGUCAUUAUUUCCUGAUGUACCGGAUCCAGGAAAGUUAUAUCUCAUGUUUCCGGAUGGUAAAAUUAGCCAUCAAUGGUCAUCCGAAGAUUGGUUAGACUUAGCGAUGACGGUUGAUCCUGGCAAUACGACUACGACUUCACAGCCAAUAUUGAACAAACAAGCAAGACUUUUUGCAAUUGUGAUAAUACCAACAUUAUUUAAAGCGUAUCGUGCUUCAGAAAGUUGGGAAUUACGUAAAUUAAUUAUGAUGUGUAUAUUAGCAUUUUUGAUUUAUUAUCCCGAAGAUCUAUUAUGCAAUAUUUUUGAGUAUUCACAUAUCGAGAAGUUCCUUUCAAAUAUUUUCUUUACUAGUUCUAGCGUAAAACAAGAACAUGAAGAAAGUGAAGAGGACAAAGAUAGUACUUACAUUCAUGAUGUACGUACGUAUGCCGAAGACUUACUCAUACAAAUUAUCCUUAGGUGGAAUGAUACUUUCACAGCAGCUUUUGAGAAGGAAUGUAUUUAUGAGGUGUAUGAAGCAAUUCUUGAGAAAUAUCAACAAGAAUUGAAUAUUAAAGAACAAAAUGAUGAUGCAGCUAAUUUAACGAAUGGUAUUGUCGAAUAAUUUGUUAAGUGUAAGUAAAUAUUAUGGGACUCUUUAAUUAAGAUAAGUAAAAAAAAAAAAGAUUCUAUUUUUGAACAUUAAAGAAAAGAGUAUAAAAAAAAGAAAAAGGCCAU